AGACAUCGAACCUGUGAAAGUGGUCUGGCGCUAGGUCCUGUUUCCACCUCUGCUCAAGUCUCCUCUCGUGUACAGAGCAUGAGUACAUUUGUUUGUCCUUAAAAGAAAACUUUUAAUUAUAUCACCCUUCUCUCUUUUCACUAUGCUUAGCCGUGCCGUAUUGCCUCUGACGAGGCCCAACGCCCUCGCCUCUACGCUUCGUUUAUCCUCCUUGCCAGUUACCCACUCUCGGUGGUAUGCAAAGAACAAUAAGCCCAAGGCUUCAUAUAAGCUUCCCGAUUCUAUCAAGCAAUCCCAAGCCGAGAAGCCGACCCAACCUUCGCAACAGGAAUAUUCAGCUUCCCAAGCUGAAUUCGAUACCAAUGCGGAUGCACAAAGUAACACAGCAAACCAGACCGCCGAACCUACCGAGAAAGCUGCGCCGCAACAACCACUUCCCGACCUCACACAGGGUAUUCCAUCCACCCUCGCCGCAGAACUAGAAGCUCGCUCGAAAGGUCGUGGACCGACUGCACUGAACCUUACCGAAGACCCUUCUCGCUCGGACGAAUACACAGAUGAUGGCCACGGCGGCGAUAUCCCUAAGGAUGGUUAUGUCUCGUCUCUCGAUCGCCGAAGGGCCCGGACGGCCAACCUGAUGUAUGCCCUUUUCUUGCUUGCGGGUGCCGGUGGGGUCGCCUAUCUGGGCCGGAACUGGGAUACCGAGGAGGAGGAAAGGAUCCAUCCGGAUGUCCCAUCAGGAUGGGGCCUUGGGCUCUGGUACAACCGCGUCAAAGCUCGUUUCAGCGAUCUCACUAGCUACUAUAAAGAUCCCGCUUUCCCGAAGCUCCUUCCUGAUGAAGAUCCCAACCUCCGUCAGCCUUACACCUUGGUGUUAAGUUUGGAAGAUCUGCUCGUGCACAGCGAAUGGAGCCGUGAACAUGGAUGGCGAGUUGCCAAGCGACCUGGCGUGGAUUAUUUCCUGCGCUACCUCAACCAGUACUAUGAGCUUGUUCUCUUCACCAGCGUUCCGAGUAUGAUGGCAGACCAAGUGCUUCGGAAACUUGACCCUUUCCGCAUCAUUCGCUGGCCACUGUUCCGGGAAGCGACUAGGUACAAGGAUGGAGAAUACAUUAAGGAUCUUGCGUACCUUAACCGUGACCUCUCCAAGGUGAUCUUGAUCGACACCAAGGAGGAACAUGCCCGUUUGCAGCCGGAGAAUGCCAUCAUUCUUAAGAAGUGGAAUGGUGAACCCAAGGACAAGACUUUGGUCGCUUUGAUUCCUUUGCUUGAGUACCUUGCCGGCAUGGGUGUGGAAGACGUACGCCCUGUCCUGAAGUCGUUCGAGGGCACUGAUAUCCCCGUUGAAUUUGCCAAGCGGGAGAAGGCCAUGCGUGAACGUUUCCAGAAGGAAUUAGGCGAGGAGCAGAAAAAACGGCCUAAACUCAGCAUGGGCAGCCUGGCUUCUGCUUUUGGACUGAAAUCCACCCGGACUUUGGACGGCGAGCAGACUCCGUCCGAGGGUCUUGCCCAGGGUAAGAUGCUCUGGGAUCAGAUCCGUGAGCGCGGUCAGAAGAACUACGAAAUGAUGGAGAAGGAGAUCCGCGAAAACGGUGAGAAGUGGCUGGCCGAGAUGGCCGCUGAAGAGGAGAAGGCACGACAGGAACAGAUGGACCAGAUGAAGGGCUCCUUCACUAGCAUGUUCGGCGCUGGCAAGCAGUAAUUGAUUUCUUGAGAAUUGUGGCGCGUGGCGGUCACUUGGAACAAACACUCUUCUCCCAAUCGGAUCUUUCUAAUGUGUACCUGAAAUGCUUUUGUUUUGGGGGACGGGGUUAUGAUUAGAGGGUUCUCCUACUUUUUUUUGGCUCCUGAGCAUCGUCAUGGGUCGUCUGUAAAAUAGCAUUUGGUUGAUUAUCUGUCCUCUGUAUAAAUGAGAUUACAAGUUUUAAUGCCUUUGAA